GAUACUGUCAUUCCGAACAGUCGUCUGCUAAAAAACGUGUUGCUGUAAAUUCUUUCAGAAAAUUUUAGUUUAAACUGUCAUUUGAAUUCAAUUCAGUUGAUAAAGGAAACUGCGAAAGUUUUCUAUUGGGAAGGUUUCAGUUUAUCACUUUGUUCUAUUGCCUACUGCCGGUGAUCUAAAAUGGGUGAGGAAAUUUCUGCAGUUCUAAAUUUCAUCAGUGAAAGGAGUGUGGAAGAGGCUAUCGAAAAAGUUGUGGACGAGAUCAAAUUAAGUACCAAUCUUGAUCACAGUUGGAAGGUUCUUCAUCAUCUAUUGAAAAGUGCAGAAAAGGAUGUCAAGUUUAAUGCCAAAGAUAUUGUAAAUGUUUGUUUACAACACUUAAAAAAACAGGACACCUGUAUCAUGCAAGCACGAUUCAUCUGCAAGAUUCUUAUAGUUUUAGUUGAAAAGGCAGACAAAGCAGAAUUUGAAGAAGAACUUGAAAUUUUUUUGGAGGACUUGCAAUUCAACAUUAUUCGUCAGUCCAAUGCUCAUCAGUUGCAUGAUGAUUGUGUCAUAGACUAUCAGACUGCAACCACUAUUUUAUCCUUGACUUUUCCAUCAUUUGUAAAAAUUGGUUUGCCAAAGAAUCAAGCAAAGUUAUUGGAAGUUAUUCCAGCGAUGAUUCAAUCCAAAAAUGAAAAUUCUAUCGUUGAAUCACUAGCCUUCAUGCUGCCUGCUGUCAUCCAUCAUGACUCACUAUUCGAAACUGUGUGCAAGUCUAUUCAAAAACUUUUUGAAGCAGAAGAAGAUUUGGAUAAAAUUUCUAACCAUCCUGGCCUUACUGCACUUUGUAGCAUUGCAGAUAUCCUAUUUUCUAAAACUUUUAAACACAACGUCUUUCAAGAAACUUGGUUUCACCGUGGAAUCCAGCGAGGAUUGUCUGACCCAGCCGCUUUGAACCGCAAACGUGCACAAUACCUGUUGAAGCGCUACGUGGACGCAACUGAAGCGAAUGUUUCGCUCUUCAACGAUUUCUUUCUGGUUAUGGAGACUUUAGAAGAGAAACAGAUGCAUAUUAUUAACCCUGUUCUUCCGAGAAUGAAAUCCCUGGAAGAACGCAUCCUAGAGAAGAAAGAAUCCGACUCCUCCUGGAUACAGUGCAUUUACAAGCGACUCCUAUCGCACGAAAAUAUUCAAGUAAUCAAGUGGGGUUUGCAUAAUCUCUGCCAAGUAAAAGUUCAAUUUUGGCCGGAUAUUGGCCACAGUGAUUGGCUAUAUGAUGUUCUACUGUUGGGCCUUAAUAACAUGGUAUUUUACGUCCGAGAAAAUGCCAAUCAGCUUCCCCAACUAGGUACCGAUCUCGGUCAACUAUUGCAAAAUUGUGCAACUUUGGAAACGGAACGUGAAGAAUUUUUCGUCCGUCUAUUGCGGGGCAUUUCGCUGGUUCCCUGGAACGCGGUGGGUUUAUUCCACUUGGUUCACGCGUUUGCCUCUUUACCUCCAAGCGAAAUUCUUGAUGGCGAAGCUCUUCAAAUAGUUUUAGAGUUCCUACGUAGUGGGUUACACACGCAUCAUCCACUACUUCGCGGAGCCAUUCAAGGACUGAUGCUGGAAUUUGUAUUGAACAUGACUGUCAUAUCGCAAGCAAAUCUCUUGUGGAUAGCGCUCAUUUUAUCAACACUAAAUCCUCAAGAAUGCUUCAUCCGCACUACACCUCUCCACGCUACUCUCAGGGCAUGGAUACGCGAUCGCUUUACACCCACUCAGCAUGGAGAGUUGCUCAGUCAGCUUUUGACUACGCAUUUUGAACCUUCGACUGAUGUUCGCACAGCUUAUUCAGUAGAUGUAACUGCCGUGGCUAGAUUCGCCGUAUUGCUGCUGGAUGCCGAAACAACCGACACUGAAGGUAUGCGGCAACUGCAAAUGUGUCUGCAACCCCUGGACAACUGCCACACUCGGCUGUACGCCGAUCCCCGUUUGCUGAAUCAACGGAUGAAAUUGAUGGUGACAUUGUUGGAUGAGGUUCGCUCAACAAAUUCCACUGCCGUUGUCCGUCUCGUAUUUCCGCUCACCGAAUCGGUUGUACAUUAUUGCCUGGAUCAAAUCGAAUCGUUAUCCAAUUACACAAGCGUGUGUGAAAGUUUUGCCGUGUUGGAAUCGAUUGCGAAGACGGAAGAUCUGCUCGGAGUGAUAGCCGCAUCAAGAAGGAAAUUGGAACUAUUGGCGCACAAAUUACUAAAUGGAUGUUCUGCCCUUGACAAAUUUAAAAGCAUUUCUCUCUUAUUUCUUAUUGCCCGAUUCGACCAACAUAUAGUGGACGAAUUCAUCCGUGAAAUGAUUUCUCUCAAACUGCAUUGCAAAGCUCCUCAACGUGAUGAUUCUGCCCUGGAACAUGUUACCUGGGGAGCUUUUAUGUCUCACUACUUUUCUCAGUUAUGGACAUUGCUUCAUCAACGACUGCCUUACAUAGAACCUAAAUUAAAUUCAGAAGACUUGGUAAAUGAAGCUGUUUGUGCCAUGGAUAUUGCCGGUGUUGAAGCCAUCAAGUCGAUUUUUGGCUGUUUGGCUCAUCUUCUACCACAUGUUUGUGACUCUAAUCCUGCCCUGUGUCGCACAAGUCUCCAAGCAAGUUGGACAUCUUGCUUCGAGUAUCGUCGCUCGGACCAUUUUUGGGACCUAAUGCAAGGGUUUGCCAUAACGGCCUUUAAUCAUUCUCUAAUGGAACAACCCGAAAUCCGCCCGCAACUUUUUGGAUUCUUGUCUGAAUUGAAAAGCCAAGGUGAAAACAUAUUGCAGCUUUUCAAUUUCGCGGCCGAACGCGUCAUUGAUAUCUGGACCAAUCAGGCCUUCCCAUCAAACGAUUCCUACGCCAUUCAAUUUAUCCUCGAUCUGACUAAUUUCGGACUGAUUCAUCGCCGGGAUGAAAUGAUAUUUUUUGAAACUCUUGCGUUUGUCCGCUCGCUAGGAGAUCGUUGCCCAGCCAACAUUAAUCUUCAGAGUGAAGAAAUGGCCGAUGGAAAAGUUCGCUUACAAGGAUUGCGUUUCUUGCUCUCGCUAAACAAAUCAAACGAACAACACAUAACCAUGGUUGAAAGUUUAGUGGAAGCCUAUUUAAAAGAAGAUCGGGUCAUGUCAGCGAGCAAGACUCGUUAUUUCUCCAGCUCACAUGGGCAUCGUGUGAAGCAUCGCCUUUGGGUAGCAAUGAUCAUGUUGCAGGACCUGCUUCCUCUUGGCCAUAGACAGACGACUGAGAUUAUGGAAGCAGCUCUUUCAGGACUGAUUGACGACAAUCCUCAACCUAGCGUUCGCUUUUUACAAGAAUGGAGUGUCACUCGUGCCAUUUAUCUCUCGGCAGAACUGGAGGCGGUUUUCUGGAAAACGAUGGAUGAUGCGGUGCAACAGAGAGCUGGUUCUAUGGUUUCUUUCUUGUCCAUAAUUGGACAUGUUACCCGAUGCCUUGCUCGGUCCGAGCGAUUGGAAAACUUCGCUUCUAAUGGUCUUCCGCGCGUUAUUCCUUGGGCUAUGGCGCAACAUUUUACCCCUCGCUUGUACGCCACCGUCAUUUUGGACGUGAUCUGGAGUAUUUGCGAAUCAUCGAAAAUUCAAUCGUUGCUUGGAGAAUAUUCGACAACUCGACGCAUUUUGCGCGAUGCACCCGACAUGCCAAAUACCCAACGAAACUUGGAGAAAUUGUGUCAGGAUUUCUACUUUAGUGUUUUCCACCCAAUGGACAAUUUUACUCUGGAGACAUUGUGUUAUCACUUACCUCGACUUUCACAUUUAGUCGCAGAAGAAUGGUUACCUGUUGAAUGGUUCAACGAUAUUCCUUCUUGGAUUCCUCAUCGUGAUAUGGAUGGACAACUUGCUGAUUGCAAUCCAGCUGAGUGGGUGGCUAGAGCAGCUGGAGGUGCGCCGGCGUUUACCCAAGACGAUUCUGUUAGUCCAGCCAUGGCUGUGAGGAACGUUCAGAAAAAAAUCACGCCAUGGAAGCAGAUGUUACCGGAUGUCAACAGUUUGGUUGUGUCAGCCGGUCGAAAAAAGACGACCACAAAUGAUCUGAUUGUGAUUGCGUCACUGGUUGACCGAGUCCCGAAUUUAGGUGGAUUGUGUCGCACUUGCGAAGUACUCGGCGUCAGAGAUUUUGUUCUGUCCUCACUGCGUGUCACGGAAGAAAAGGAUUUCGUCAGCCUCAGUGUUUCGGCCGAAAAGUGGAUCAACGUGCUCGAAAUAAAACCAUUCCAGCUAGUGGAGUACGUUAAACAACUAAAGCUGGAGGGAUAUACUGUUGUCGGGGCGGAACAGACGGCGAGCAGUCAACCUCUAAACCAUUUCACAUUUCCGAAAAAAUCUGCGCUUAUUUUGGGUCACGAGAAAGAAGGCAUUCCAGUAGAACUGAUUCAACAUCUUGACGUCUGUGUUGAAGUACCGCAAGAGGGAAUCAUCAGAUCUAUGAACGUCCACGUAACCGGAGCCAUCUUUAUCUGGGAAUAUGCCCGUCAACAAAUGGGAUUGUCCCACGUGCGCUAAAUUCAGUAAUAAGCUGGAUUGCAUCGGAAUUUGUUCUGAAAGGAUUUGGUCGAGUCCUGACAUGACGUCCCCCUAACUACCAAAUUUUCGAGUUUCCACAAAUAUUUUCUAUAAUUAUCAGUGGGAAAACAUUACUUGUGUAAAUACUCGCAAUAAUGCGGAAUAAAUAUGAAUGGACCUUG